GCUCGAAGACUUCGCCGUCUUCCCCCCGUUAACGCAGAGAAACCGGUCCGUUCCGGUUCACCUGACUCAGCUUCGAUUCGACCGGUCGAGCUUGGCGGCAAUGGCGUUUGCGCCGGCCCUGGUGGAGCCGAGCGUGGACGUCGACAAGCUGAGCUACGAGAUCUUCUCCAUCCUCGAGAGCAAGUUCCUCUUCGGCAUCGACGACCCCAAGCUCCUCCUCUCCUCCUCCUCCUCUUCCGCCUCUCCCGCCGAUGCCCCCGUGCCCCGGCCCGCCGCCCCCGGGGGCAAGGUCCGCAUUCUUUCCAUCGACGGCGGCGGUCGCUCCUCCGACGCCCUCCUCGCCGCCGCUUCCCUCGCGCGCCUCGAGUCCUCCCUCCGCAGCCGCUCGGGCGACCCCUCCGCUCGCGUCGCCGACUUCUUCGACGUAGCUGCCGGGUCCGGGGCCGGGGGCGUCCUCGCCGCCUUGCUCUUCACCCGCGGCCCCGACGGUCGGCCCCUCUUGGCGGCCGAUGAGGCGCUGCGGUUCCUCCUCGAACGGAGUGGCCGGUCGUUCGUUCCCGUCAGGAGAGGCCCGCUCGGGUGGCUGCUCCAUUGGCGGCCCGGGGCGGCGCUCCGGCGGGUGUUCGGAGACGCGACUUUGCGGGACACCGUGAAGCCGGUGCUGGUGCCGUGUUACGACCUGGCGACGGGGGCGCCGUUCCUGUUCUCGCGGGCGGACGCGGUGGAGGCGGACGGUUUCGACUUCCGGAUCCGGGAGGUGUGCGCCGCCACGUGCGCGGACCCGGCGGCGGGGGCGGCGCCGGUGGAGAUGAGGUCCGCGGACGGGCGGACGCGCAUCGCCGCCGUCGGGGGCGGGGUUGCGAUGGGCAACCCGGCGGCCGCGGCCAUCACGCACGUGCUCAACAACAAGCAGGAGUUCCCCUUCGCCGCGGGGGUGGAGGACCUCAUGGUGCUCUCUCUGGGGAGCACCGUCGGCUGCGUAGGGCCAGAGGGCGGAGCCGGAAGGCGGCGGCUGGUGCCGUCGCCGUCGGAGCUCGUGAGGAUCGCCGGCGAGGUCGUCGCGGACAUGGUGGAUCAGGCGAUUGCUAUGGCAUUUGGGCAUCACAGGACUAAUAAUUAUGUGCGAAUUCAGGUUAAUGGGUACGAAUCGAGCAAUUACGCUUCAAAAAUAAAUAAUGUCAUCAAAUCGCUUAGUUCAUUAGAGGAGAAAUUAUCGGAGAGGAACAUCGAAUCGAUGUUGUUUAGAGGAAAAAAAUUCUCGGAGCAAACCAAUAUCGAAAAGCUCGAGUGGUUCGCAGGUGAGCUCAUCAAAGAGGAAGAGAAGAGAAAGAAGAGUCAGAUCCCCAUCGUAGUACUAAAACAAGUCAUGACUCCGAGAACUUCCUCCACGACAACCUCCACUAUUAUUACCACCACCACCACGAUUACGACCUCGCCGUCACGUUAAUUUGAUGUUUGCGACUUCAAAGGAGAAAGUAUAGGUGUUUAGGUGAACAAGAGAUAUGGGUUCAUGUUGUUUGUGCAUAUGUGCUGAUCAGGAAUGUUUUAUAA